GGAUGUGACUCCUUUAGGGACCCCAUAUACAUGGAAUCACACAGGAUCCGUCCUUCUGUGGCUGGUUUAUGCCACUGAGCAUCACGUCCUCAAAGUCCAUUCACAUUGUAGCAGGUGCAGAACAUCCUUCCUUUUCAAGGCUGAGCCAUAUUAUACUGUGUGCAUGGACCACAUGCUAUUUAGCUAUUCAUUCAUCCAUCCAUCCAUCCACUCACCCACCCAGCUGUGCAACCAUCCAUCCAUCCACUCAACCAUCCAUCCAUCCAUCCAUCCGUCCAUCCAUCCGUCAUUUCUUUCAUCUACACAUUCAUGUGUCCAUCCAUCUGUCCAACAGCCUACCCAUUUAUACACCCACCCACUCACCCAUCCAUCCAUCCAUCCACCCACCCACCUGUCCAUCCAUCCAUCCAUCCACCCAUCCACCCAUCCAUCAUUUCUUUCAUCUACACAUUCAGGUAUGCAUCCAUCUGUCCAGCAGCCCACCCAUUUAUCCAUCCAUCCAUCCAUCAGUCCACCUACCUAUUCAAUUAUCCAUCCGUCUUUCCAUCUAUAUCUUCCAUCAACCCAUCCAUGCACCCAUCCAUCCAUCAGUCCAUCUAUCCAUCCAUCUGUCCGUCCAUGCACCCACCCAUCCAUCAGUCCACCUACCUAUCCAAUUAUCUAUCCAUCCUUCCAUCUAUACCUUCCAUCAACCCAUCCAUCCAUCCUUCCAUCCAUCCAUCCAUCCAUGCAUCCAUCCAUCCAUCAUUUCUUUCGUCUAUCCAAUUAUCCAUCCAUCUUUCCAUCUAUAUCUUCCAUCGACCCAUCCAUGCACCCACCCAUCCAUCUGUCCAUCCAUCCAUCUAUUCAUCCAUUUAUCCAUCCAUCCAUCCAUCCAUCCAUCCACCUACCUAUCCAAUUAUCCAUCCAUCUUUCCAUCUAUAUCUUCCAUCGACCCAUCCAUGCACCCACCCAUCCACCUGUCCAUCCAUCCAUCCAUCCAUCCAUCCAUCAUUUCUUUCAUCUACACAUUCAGGUAUCCAUCCAUCUGUCCAGCAGCCCACCCAUUUAUACAUCCAUCCAUCCAUCCACCUACCUAUUCAAUUACCCAUCCAUCUUUCCAUCUAUAUCUUCCAUCAACCCAUCCAUGCACCCACCCAUCCGUCUGUCCCUCCACCCAUCCACCCACCCAUCCACCCAUCCAUCCAUCCAUCCGUCCAUCCACAGACACGCACAUGCUUCCACCUCUUAGCUGUUUUGAACCCAGGAGUGCAAGUAUCUGUUCAAGUCCCUGCUUUCAAUUAUUUCCAUCUUACUUUUUUUUUAACCUGUGUUCAUCAAUAUGGGGCCAUCCACAAGGGCUGUUUCAUCACCCAAAGUCAGGACGAACUUCCCUAAUUUAAUUUUCCAGCAAUGCCAUCUGAUAUGCAAAUCAGCCAUUUUGGCCAAGCCCGGGACAGACAAGUGACAUUGUCUUUCCCUGGCACACCGCAGCCCGAUGAGAAAUGUAUUAAUUGUACAAUCCAUCCAAGCAUUAUGAUUCCUGCCAGGCCUGGCUCUGCCUGAGUCUCGGAUUGUUAAUUAUUUAAAUCCCUUUGGGUUUCCCUGAUGGGUUUCCCCAUAAUUGAAAAAAUGCAAAUGAGCCUGACGGCAAAUGCCAGGCUCAGGGGCUCACCACUGUUGCUCAGAAAGAGUGCUGUCUCUCUCUCUCUCUCUCUCUCUCUCUCUCUCUCUCAUCUGUGCAGCCUCCAUCCACCUGCCCCCUUGGCUUGUUGGAACGGGACCAUUCGGAGGUGGUGCUGGCUGGAGCUCUAUGGGAAGUGAUCAGUUUCAAGGGGCUCAGAGGCAUGUGGCUCUGGGAGGGGGGCGGCCAGCCCCAAGGAUUCCCGGGUCCCCGUGGGUCUGCCCAGCCUCCCUCACGGUGCACCCCAGGAAGACUCCCACCGUCAAAUCCCAGACCUCUCCUCCCCAGGAUGCCCACGGCACUCACACACUGCCGAUUUGCAGCGUUUCCAUCUGGACCCCAAAUCUUAAAUCGGUUCCCACUGCCUGGCCAGCCUGGUCCACGGAGGAAAUACACCUGCAUCCACAAGUGGGGGAGAGUUUAAAGCCGCGUCUGGGCUCCAGAGGAGGGCACUUCUGUGAUUGAUUAGUAAUGUCUGCACAGGGUGAGAAAGGGGUGGUCAGGCUGCAUGCUGAAAGCUGGCCUCCUUGGACCCCACAAUCUGUUUCUGUGGCAUUUUCACUGCACUCUUUGUUUGUUUUUAAUGUUUAUUUUGCAAGACAGAGAGAGAGAGAGAAGCGUAGGGGCAGACAGAGACACAGAGAGAGAAUCCCAAGUAGGUUCCAGGCCGUCAGUGCAGAUCCUGAUGUGGGGCUCAAAUCCACGAACCGUGAGAUCAUGACGUGAGCCGAAAUCGGUCGCUAAACCGACAGGGCCACCCAGGCUCCCGUUCGCAGCACUGUUUUAGUUCCCUAAUGGCAAACAGCAAACAUCAGUGCAUGUAUGAGAGAUUGGAGUCCCUGUGCUUCUGGAACAAUCCCCAGCUGUGCACCCAGAUGGCUCUCUCCGCCAGAAGCACCGCCCUCCGCGGUGGGCAUCGCUCCCCCCAACACGCCUGACUCGGGAACCUGGCAAACUUUGAAGUAAAGACCCUUCAGCACCAGCACCGGGAUGGGUCCCAAGAUCUUGGGGCACAGUUCUCAGACAGGGACGAGUCUGUCCUCAUGUAAAUCAGAUGCCCGGUCAACCACACCUUUCAGUUCAUGUGGGGUCCCAACCAGGCCCAGCAGGCCCAUCACAAACGAGGGUGGAAAAUACAUCACAGCUGUCCACACGCCCUGUCGUGAAACAAACAGCAGAGUCCAAAUCCUGCUGUCCUCAAACCCUGCACCAACGUAAAGUCAGGUGCCAGGUGAACCCAUAAGGCUGCCUCACGUUGUUUUAAAUUUCCAAGACAGGGGCGCCUGGGUAGCUCAGUCGGUUAAGCGUAUGACUUCAGCUCAGGUCAUGAUCUCACAGUUUGUGAGUCUGAGCCCCGCGUCGGGCUCUGUGCUGACAGCUUGGAGGCUGGAGCCUGCUUCCGAUUCUGUGUCUCCCUCUCUCGCUGUCCCUCCCCUGCUCUCUCUCUGUCUCUCAAAAAUAAGUAAGAGUUAAAAAAAUUAAUUAAAAAAAUCGAAAAUGAAAAAGUUUUAAUUUCCAAGACAAACAGACCAAAAUCUGUCAAGCACUCGUAUGCCGUGUGGGGCCUUUGAAACUCAUCCACAGAAAUUGGGGUGUUUCUCUUGGGCUCUGGAGGCCGUGAAAGAAUGACCAAGGCAGAAAGGGUACCAAGGACUUCGGGAACCUCUGCCCUAAUGUGCACACAAGACCUCCUGACUGAGAUGUGGUCACGAACGCUAAGAGCCCACAUAACCCAGAGAGCGGCGUCUACAGAGAAACAAAAAUGUGUCAAAACCUCCGCGGGGCUCCCAUUAACCUGGAAACAUCUCUAGGUUUAAAUGUAUCAGCUAUAAAACAAUCACACAAAGCCUUUUCCAAGCCCUGAGGGUGAAGUUAGUGGGUGUAAUGAAACAAUGUAACCUUACUCGGGAAUGUUCUAAGGCCGUGGCUCAUACCCGGGAGCUGCACCAGAUUUCCAGGCAAGAGAGGGUUACUGCCUGGGCCCCGAGGCAUCUGCUCUGUUUGAUUCAGACAAUCUGGUCUGAGUGUCGUAGCAGGCAGCUGGCUCCGGGGCCUUGCUACAGACCAGAACGUCUCGGACGUUGGAGAUUUUAUUCCCUAAAGGACUUUUGGUCAUACCUGGAGACAUUGAUGCAACUGGGAACCAGGGUAAGGCAGGCUUCUGGCCUCUGGUGGGUGGAGACCAGAGAUGUUGAUCAUCACCCUACAGUGCACAGCACGCCCCAAUCCCAGACGCCCAUGGUCCUGAGGCUGAGAAACCCUGAUACAGAAAACGUUUCCCUUUAAAACUGAGCAGCAAGCUAUGCAUCAGCCCCCCACCCCCAGCCUUUCCCUCCUCUCUCUCUGCCCCUCCCCUGCUUGUGCAGUAGACCUGGGAAGCGACCGUGGCCUGAGGGAUAAGAAAUUCUUCCUCGAGGUUCAGGGAGCAGCAGGGAGGAUGGGGAAGAUGAUGGUUGGCGACCCCGAGAGAUGGGCCCACCCCAGCAGACACCCGAAGCUGAGAUUCAUUCCCACUGCUGAUUCUGCUCAGGGAAGGGCUUGGGGCUUGUAUCAGUGUCCUGGAACAGCCAUAGCAGUGACCGGGAACCGAUGGCUUAGGCCAAAGGAGAUUAUUCUCUCCCGGCUCUGGGGACCAGAAGUGUGAGGUCCAGGAGGGGCGUGUGUUAUAUUCUGCUGCUGCUGCUGCUGUAGCAAAUGACCGUCACUGUAUAUAGCAUAUACAUGUAACAAUAGAGCACUAUAUGUAACAUAUAUUUAACUACAACUGUAUAUAACCAUAUACAACAUAUGUAACUACGUGUAGAACUAUAUAUAACCAUAUAGAACUAUAUGUAGCUAUAUAUAUUGCUUUGUAUAUACCUAAGUAUAUAACUAUAUAUAUAACUAUAUAACCCUAUAUAACUAUAUAUAAAUACAGGGGCGCCUGGGUGGCUCAGUUGGCCGAGAGCCCAACUUUGGCCCAGGUCAUGAUCUCACGGUUCGUGGGUUCAAGCCCCGCAUGGGGCUCUGUGCCGACAGCUCAGAGCCUGGAGCCUGCUUCCGAUUCUGUGUCUCCUUCUCUGUCUGCCCCUCCCCGACUCAUGCUCUGUCUCUCUCUCAAAAAUAAAUAAGCAUUUUAAAAAAUUAAAAAAAAAACUAUAUAUAAAUGCAUAACUAUAUAUAACCAUCUAAGUAUAUACAGGUAUAUGUAUAUAGCCAUAUAACAUAUAUAUAUAACUAUGUAACUAUAUAUAAAUAUAUAAUUAUAUAUAACUAUAUAACAUAUAUUUAACUGUAACUAUAUAUAACCAUAUGUAACAUAUAUAACUAGAUGUAUCUACACAACUAUAUAUACAACUAUAUGUUGUAUAUGUGCCUAUAAAACUAUGAAACUAUAUAUACAUAACUAUAUGUAGUAUAUGUGUGUAUAUAACUAUAUAUACUAUAUGUAUUAUAUAUGUAUAUAUAACUAUAUAUAUACUACAACUAUAUAUGUAACUAUAUAUAUAUACACAUAUAUAUACACUACAUAUAUAUAUAGUAUAUAACUAUGUAUAUAUAUAACUCCAUAGAGAAUAUGUAUAGGUUCUCUUUCUUUGGUAGACCCCAGACUGAUACAAAUCCCAAAAAGAAAAAUCCCCACAAGGCCUGUGGACAGCCUGAGUAAACCGUGCACAGCCUCACUCAGUUUCUGGUCCCCCACACAAGUGACAUUUGGGACUGCCUCAUUCUGUGCUCUACGGGCCAUCUUGAACACUGUUUCCCACGGCGACUGACCCCCCAACAAAGGGCUGUGCCUCGCGGCCAGCCCAGUCCUCACGAGGCAGUUGGGGAAUAUCACUAGGUAAGUUUGGUGUAAAAAUCAUGGGAAAUGCCUUUAUCUUCCAAGAGGAUGGAAGAAAUUUCACACUUUCCUCUCUCGGUUUAAACCUCUGGAUGUCCUAAAUGUCCUAAAUGUCUGGACCUCCUAAAUGUCCCUGGAAUCUGGGGCAGGGGGAAAGGGGCAGAGGGAGGUCUUCUGUUAAGUUUCUCAGGAUCCACAUAAGAGUGAAAACAUACGGUAUCUGUCUUUCUCUGUAGGACUUAUUUCACUUAGCAUAACACUCUCCAGUUCCAUCCAUGUUGCUACAAAAGGCCAUAUUUCAUUCUUUCUCAUUGCCACGUAGUACUCCAUUGUGUAUAUAAACCACAACUUCUUUAUCCAUUCAUCAGUUGAUGGACAUUUAGGCUCUUUCCAUAAUUUGGCUCUUGUUGAGAGUGCUGCUAUAAACAUUGGGGUACAAGUGCCCCUAUGCAUCAGCCCUCCUGUAUCCCUUGGGUCAAUUCCUAGCAGUGCUAUUGCUGGGUCAUAGGGUAGGUCUAUUUUUAAUUUUUUGAGGAACCUCCACACUGCUUUCCAGGGUGGCUGCAUAGUUUUUAUCAAACUAGGCAUAGAGAAAACUCGUUCGACCUCACAGAGAGCAUCUGCAAAAACGGUCAGCUGUAAUACUUAACGGGGAAAGACUGGGCACGUUCCUCGUAGCAUACGGAUCCAGGAAAGAAAGCCCAGACUCUCAUGCCCAUUUCUGCAACAUAGGACAGGGCCGCCCAGCCACAUGCUUAGCAGAGAAAGUGGAAAAAAAAUAUGUUUAUAUAUAU